AUGGGGAAAGAGUUGGCGAUGGUACGGGGUAUGAGACACUCCGGAUCCACAUCCCCAUAUCACUAUGGAGAACAUCCCCACCGACGAGGGGGCGCACACAUCACCACCGGGGAUAUUAAUACAAGUAAAAACUGUUUCUUUCCCCAGGUCCAGAGGUGUGCAGUUGAUCCAACUCCCACACCCCUGUCACUCUAUCAACAGACGAGACUCUUCAUCAUGGAGACCAGCAACAUCACCGCCGGACGACCGUCCAGCCCCCUUCCACCCAAGGACCCUAGUGGCCUUGACCCGGACGAGAUCACAAGGGUCAGGGCGUCAUACGACAACGCAAUCGGCACGGUCACGGACUUUGAGAAACGAAAAAUGGUCGAGGGAGAGGCGAAAUUCCGCCGCCUUGGCUGGAAACGAAUGACUGUGAUCCUGAUUGUCGAAGCCAUUGGUCUGGGGACUUUCAGUCUUCCCAGCGCCUUUGCAACACUUGGUAUGGUUGCUGGCGUGAUCUGUUGUGUUGCCCUUGGACUGGUAGUCAUCUAUACCGGGUGGAUUGUCGGCAAAGUGAAGAUUGUCUACCCAGAGAUUACCAAUUACGGAGAUAUCGGGGGCCUUGUCAUGGGCCGAUUUGGAACCGAGCUGGUGGGCGCUUUAUAUGUGCUCCAGUUGAUCCUCAUGACCGCAUCAUUCUGUCUGACCGGCACGGUUGCAUUCAACACCCUAAGUGAUAACGGAGCUUGCGGUCUGGUUUUUGGUGUCGCCUCGGCUGCUCUGUUGUUUAUUCUCUCAAUUAUGCCAUCGUUCACAGAAGCCGCCAUUUUGGGCUACAUUGACCUCGCCUCCGUGACGACGACUAUUUUCAUUGCCCUUAUCGCUUCCGGGGUGCGGGCUUCACACUCAGCAGUUGGUAUCGCUGGGCAAGAGUGGUCAGCAUGGCCCGCCCCAGACGCCGGGUUCAAGGACGCCAUGGUGGCUAUCUCCAACAUAAUGUUUUCUUACAGCUUCUGCAUGUUCAUCACGCCUUUCCAGUCCGAGAUGCACACCCCGACCGACUUCAUGAAGUCCAUUUGGGCGUUGGGGAUAGUCGAGAUUGUGGUGUAUACCCUUAUCGGCUCACUCAUGUACGUCUUCAUCGGCGUAGAUGUUCAGAGUCCGUCUUUACUCUCGCUCAGUGGCGUGCUCCCAAAGAUAGCCUUUGGAUUCGCCCUCCCGCUCAUCUUCAUCUCCGGGGCCAUCGGCAAUACCGUGACGGCGCGAUAUGUUCACCUCCGGCUUUAUAAAAAUUCUAUUGCUCGCUUUAUUAAUACCCCAAAGGGCUGGAUUACUUGGCUUGCUGUCCUCAUUGUUGUCACUGUCGUGGCAUGGGUUCUAGCAGAAUCUAUCCCUUUCUUUGAUGAUCUUCUUUCACUCAGCUCAGCUCUUCUUAUAUCUGGUUUCGUGCUUUACUUUCCUGCUGUGAUGUGGGUCGUGCUUCUGUGCGAGGGCAGAUGGUAUGCGGGCACGAAUUUGCUCCAUGCUCUUGCUUGCAUUUUUAUCUUUCUUCUUGGGCUUUUGGUGCUGGCCGGAGGGACCUAUGCCAGCAUUAAGGACAUUUUACAACAUUAUGCUACUGGAUCUGUUGGGAAACCUUUUUCUUGCUGA